AUGGCAGCCAACGAGAGGUGUACUGUCGAAGGAGCCCGGGACGACACGCCCCCCGCCCUCGAUGCAUGCCCUAAUGCCUCGCAAGAACCAGACGUCGGUGCAAGUCCUCAAGAAACCACACCUCUUCAUGCACCACCAGAAUCGUGCACUGUUCAACAAGGCCCACACCAAACGCCAUCCGUCUUCUAUGCAUACGCCAGUGCCUCGCAAAUCCCAGGUCUUGGUGCAAGCCCUCAAUACGUCGUACCUGUUUAUGCACCAGCGGAAUCGUGCACUGUUCAAGAAGCUCGGAACGAAACGCCACCCGUCUUUCAAGCGUACCCUAAUGCCUCGGGAAACCCAAAUCUUGGUGCAAGUCCUCAAAACGCCUUAUGCAUUCCUGCACCAAUGAAUGGGAACGCCCAGAUACACCCGAACGCAUUCAUGUGCGGAUUGUGCCAGGAGGUGUUUUGGAGUCUGCCGACAUACUACGCUCGGCAUUCCUGCUCCUGGCGGCCGAAGUCGAUGUUCAAGUGUCUGCGCUGUGGUUGGUAUUUCAACAAGCUCGAGAACUUAAAUAUUCACGAAGAGCAGUACUGCCGCCAUCUGUUGUUCGUUCCCGCACCCCAACCAAUAACGCGGUUCCCGUCGCCAUACCCGCCCGCACCCCGUCCAAUAACGCGGUUCCCGUCGCCAUACCCGCCCUGGAAUUGAGUCUACCUUGCGUGAUUGCUCUCGGGACAACAAUUCUGUGCCCCCAAAUUUUUCUUCAGCUGUUGCCAUUUUGUCGGUGCAAGCCCGAGAGAGUCUUCAUUUUUUUUCACCACGUGUCACCACGUGAUGCGCACACAUUCUCACUUAAAAAGUACCAAACCAUUACACAUUUUUCAUGAGGCCGUUCACAUACUUUUAUCUUUGAAGUUAUCUCAACGCAGUGUGCUUUGUGGAUAAUAAACAUUUUGACCCUCUUGUCGGACUCGCCAA